UACAUUGAAUGACAACUGUCGGAAAAUAAUAGAGAGCAGAACGAUGCGUGUGGACAAAUACUUGGUAUAAAAGCGUUCAACGAACAGACUAUAGAGCCUCUCGCGAAAUUAACGGACUUUUGGAACCACCGGCCAAAGCAAAAAACCAAGCCAAACCGAACAACCACGCAAACAACAUGUUACACCACCAUCACCAGCAGCAGCUACAGAGACCGCGACGCCGCUGUGAAGGCACUGCUAUGGGUGCUAUCGUUCUCGAUCUUCGUCCUGGUAACGGCAUCGGCCCUUUCUCUCUCGGGAUGCCAAUAUGUGAAGCGUUUACUCAAAUUGAACAACAACCCAACAUAUACGACGUCGUCCAUGUGAAGCAUUUCGACGAGGAGCCAUUAAAACUCGAUAUUGUUGUUAGCUUUCCUGAUCACGGGUUUCACCUUCGAUUCGAUCCGUGGUCUCAAAGGUUACGACUGAUUGAGAUUUUUGACGUGAAACGACUUCAAAUGCGCUACGCGACCUCUCUUAUUGGGGGACCGUCAAAUUUAGCUACUUUUGUUGCUAUCUAUGCACUCUUUGGACCGACAUUUCCUGGCAUUUGUGACAAAGAUAGAGGCGUGUACACUCUGUUUUACCCCGGUUUGUCAUUUGCUUUUCCGAUUCCCCCCCAGUAUACAGAUUGCUGUCAUGAUAGAGAAGCGGAACUGCCACUAGAGUUUCCAGAUGGCACAACGCCAGUUACAUGCCGAGUCUCUAUAUAUGAUGGUUCUGCAGACAAAAAAGUGGGUGUUGGAUCUUUAAUGCACAAGGCUUCUGCCCCCCCAUUACUUCCUGGUAACCUGUAUAUGGAAGAGGUGCAUGUCAAGCUUGGGGAAGAAUUAUAUUUCUCUAUUGGAGGACAGCAUAUUCCUUUUGGUGCAUCAACACAGGAUGUAUGGACAGAAUUAGGCCAUCCAUGUGGGAUUCACCAAAAGCAGGUUGAUCAAAUGGUCAUUCACUCUGCUUCUGACCCUCGCCCAAGGAAAACUGUUUGUGGAGAUUACUUCUACAAUUACUUUGCUCGUGGUCUGGAUAUCUUAUUUGAUGGAAAGACUCAUAGAAUCAAGAAGUUUGUUUUGCACACAAACUAUCCUGGUCAUGCAGAUUUUAAUUCGUACAUAAAGUGCAAUUUUGUCAUCCAAGGUUCUGACUUAGAUAACUCCAAACAGAGUAUUACCCCAAGCACAAAAUGGGACCAGGUGAAGGAGAUCCUUGGGGACUGUGGUCGUGCAGCUAUUCAAACACAGGGUUCUACAAAUAAUCCUUUUGGAUCCACUUUUGUAUAUGGUUAUCAGAACAUUGCCUUUGAGGUGAUGAAGAAUGAUUAUUUUGCAACUGUAACUCUCUUCCAGUCAUGAUGUUUAUCUUCUCUGGCUGGAUGCUGUGGCGUUGCCUGGUGCAACUGGAUACCGUACAGUCUACUGAACAGAAAGCUGCAUAUACUCUUUUUGGUGGAAGCAUCAUCCCGGGAAUUUAAAUUUGAAAAUUGUACAUAUAAUCUGUACAUUAUAGUAGAUUAGUACUGCUACUGGGGGGGGGGGGGG